AUGGACAACGAUCCUCCCAGCUCACAACCCGCCCCUCCCCCGCAACAGCAAAAACAAGCUGACCCUCCUUCCCAACGUUUCCCCCCUUUCCCGCCACCCCCGCCCUCUGCCGGCUAUAUAAUCCCAUUCUCCAAGUUCAAAGAACACGGCAUCCAGAUCUUCGCUGACCCACUCACAGGCGCCGAACUCGACGGCCUGGGCAUACCCACCGUCCGCCUGCGCGUGCCCCACGACACCGACGAAUGCAAAUCCAACGCAGGACGCAUACGCGCGGAGAUGAAAGCCAAAGCCAAAGCCGACGGCGACGGCGACAACGCAGACGAAGAAGACAAAGAUGAAGGUGAAGAAGAACCCACCGACAAAGGCAAAAAGAAGAAAAAGAAAAAGAAAAAACCUACCAUGUCGUACUCGAACAGGAACAGGAAGAACGUCGCGCUCCCCGUUGACCUCUCCAGCAUCUCAGACCCGAUCGCCCGCGCACAGGAGCAGCGCCGCCAGCGGCUCAUGCUCUUCGCCAAACAGGAGUGGUGGGAGCAAUGGGCUGCCGGCGAGGAUCUGCGCAAGGGCAGACCCGUCUACGAUACAUCCCUCCCACCGACAGACCGCAUCCACAUGGCAGCAACCGACUUCCGCACAGGGCGUAUAUGGCCACCCGCCGCAUCCGGCGGCCUCCAACUGCGCUACCUCUGGGAGCAAUUCCGCUUGUACGCCGGCCUCCUCGGAUCCACCCCCGUCUGGCGCCGCACAGACAUCGCCCCGGCCCCAUCAUCCACAGUCGAAGUUGACGGAGACGAUGACCAAGAUGGCGGAGAUGGAGAUGGAGAUGGCGGAGCGGAUGAUGAUGAAGAGGACGAUGAAGAAGCGUUCGAGCGCGAUGCGAUGGCGUCUGGCGUGCGCAACCCGUUCCUGCCUCCCAAACCGCGUCGUGAGCCAAAGGAAAAGGCGAAGCCUAGACCACGCCCCUUCGACUCCGAUUUCAACGACGACGACGAGGAAGAUGAAGAGCGGGACGACAUAGACCACGACGCGCCGCUCCCGACGUACCCGCAGAACCAGAUCCCGCGCGGCAAAUACAAGCGGAUCCCACCCCGCGCGCCAUACGCGCUACUUAACACAAAACCCAUCGAGAUCCCUUACAUCCCCCCCUCCUCCCUCUCCUCCUCCCUCUCCACACCCCCGCAGCGCAACGACGACCUCGCCUCAACGCAAAUUACCCUCCUCCUCUCCCUCGCCGUCUCCCUCCGCCACAUCCGCCUCACCGCCUUCCUCCGCGACCCCGCGCGCGUGAUUAGGGAGUUUUUGAGUAGCUAUUUGUAUACCCAGGGACUGGUGUAUGGUGCGCCGGGAAGGAUGAUGGGUGUUGGGAGGCUUGUGCUGUUUUUUAUCGAGUUUGUCGUGAGAGUUGGUGCGUUGAAGGAGGAUACGGGUGGUGGUGGGCAUUCCCUUCCUCUUGGCUCUAGUGUGCUCGGUAGCGGCGGCGGCGGCGGUACUGCUACUACCGGCUCAGGCAGAAAAGGCGAAACGCGCCGCCCCAAACCCUCAUCCAAAUCCCACACCACCGGCUCUGCAGGUGCAAGCACAAGCGCGAUGGAGCGUGAAUUCAUGAAAGCGGCGGAUGUAGCCCGGCGCGCGGUGAGCGAGAUCCCCAAGGCGGGGUGGGUCGUGAGGGUGUGUCCGGAUGUGGUGGGCAGGGGGUGCGAGGUGAUUUGGGGGCGGGUGUGGGUUGAGGAUGCGUGGUGGGGCGGGGAUAAGGGUGGUGGAGGAGGAGGAGGAGGUGCGGGUGCUGUUGAGGAAACCGACGCUGCUGGAGAUGUGUCUGCGAGCAAAGCAGAGGAGCAGGUAGAUGUAGAGGCACAGGUGGAGGAAGCGGGAGAAAAGGCACCGCAUAAUGAAGAAGACGAGGACGAGGAGACGCGCAUGAAGAGAUUCGAAGACGAGCUGCGUGCUGCGAAUGUGCAGCUUGUAAGCGCGGACCCGCUCGAGCUCGGCGUGCCGCCCGAAGUGGACGGUGUCGUCGUCGGGUCCACAUCCACCGCCGCGUCGCAGGGCGCUGAGACCAAAGAGCAGGAACAGAAUGUUGGAGGAGAGGAGGAGGAGGAGUAUACGCUGGAUGAUGUAGUUGAUGCACAGGCGUUGGUUGCUGAGGGCGUUCGCGUGCGCGAUCCGGAGGACGAUGUGGAUGGUGUUCCGGUUGUUGUUGUAGAGGAGGAGGGAGGGACAGCGCGAAUUGAAGAAGUCGUCGAUGAGCAGGUCGGAGAGAUUUCGGGUAUGAAGAAGGUGGUGUCUUUCGCUGAUCCCAGCACCAUCACCACCACCUCCUCCUCCUCCUCCUCCUCCUCCACCACCGCCGCUGACCAAAGCAAAAAUCCCACCAAUCCACCACCACACACACCAAAAGGGGAUAACGACACCACCAUCCGCCUCGAGGUUCAAAAAUCGAGUGAUGUCGCGAAAAAUUUCCAUGUUGGGGAUGUUUCUCCCACUGCGGAUUUGGUUCCGUUGACGGAAGCACAUGGUGGUGGUGGUGGUCGUGUGCGCGGAAAUGGAGACGCGAUCACGAACGCCCCGGAUGUGACCGAAAGCGUGAUUAAUGACGUCACGCGUUCUCUUCUUCCUACGGAUCCUCCUACACCGACACGCAAGUCCAACCCCGCGCCGACUGUACAUACCGCCUCUGAAUCGAACUCGGACUCGGAUACGUCCUCUGACGGGUUCUCAGAUACAGAUGACUGGACGCGGCUUCCUAACCCGCUCAAAUCGCGCUCGGAGAAGAAAACGGAUGACGAGAAGGAGAAGGAUAAACGGAACCCGUGGUUACCGCCUGCUGUACAGCCGCUGUUUGGUGUGCUGGGGAGUAUGUCGUUGUUUCCGGAGCGGUAUAGGCCUGGAGGAUGCGAUGCGGAUGUAGGGUGUGCAGAGCGGAGUGUGAGGCGGGUGAGGGAGGUUAUACUUCCUCCCUCCUAUUCCUCCUCCUCCUCCUCUUCCUCUGCCUUCAAAAACGCGGGGAAUGGUGCUGAGAGCACACAGCCGCAAUCAACAACACCAGCGAAUACGAAAGGCGUGCCUGUCGCAGCGAGCGGCGUGGACGAGGCGCUCGCGGAUGCGCUGGCGCGCGUUGUGUUGGAGCCGUGGAUCGACUUUGACGAUGCAGGCUGCGCAGGAUCGUACAUCACCCCGCGCACGCAAGGCCCACGCGCACUGCACCCCGACGAACUCGCUCUCGCGUCCGCACCGGACAUCGCCCCUCGCGCGCUCGACGACGACACAGGCGACCCGCUCCCGGACGCCGAGCAGCAGCCGCUGACGGCGGAGCAGGCAGCGAGGAAGGACGCGCAGAAGCGCGCGCGGCGGGUGGUGCAUGAGCGGAAGAAGUACGCGCAUGAUCCGGGGAGGGAUGCGAUUUGUGUGCUGCUUGAGCCGCGGGUGGCGGAGGCGAUGUGUGUGGGGAUGGGGCUUGCGGGGACGUGGGUGCAGCUUGUGCCGGUGUAUGUGCCGCCUCCGCCUGGGACCGACGGUGCUGCGCGGGGGAGGGGGCGCGGGAGGGGGAGAGGGAGGGGGAGGGCGACCCCGCGUGGAGGGCGCGGAGGCGGAGGCACAGGCGCACCCGCACCCGCACCGUUCAUCCCCCCGAAACAGCCGACGUACUGGUACAUCGAACACCUGCAUAUGGCUGUACCGUCGUACUGGUCCGUGCCGCCGCCUUCGGCAGACGCGCCGGGCUCGCUGCUCGCGGAGGGCGAGGAGCUCGCGCGCAUGUUCCGCGAGGCGGUGGAGAGGGGCGAAGGUGGUGUUGAUGUGCGUGCGGGCAGGGGUAAGGGAGAUGGCGCGCGUGCGGGGUCGAGGGACGAUGCGGAGAGGAUGGAGAUGGCGAUGGAGAUUGAGCGGGAGAUUAUGAUGCGCUUGGAGGAGGAGGAGGGGGACGACUUUGAUUGA